AUGCUGCGCCGCUUCCAGCUGCCCUACCUCGAAUCAGAGGGUUACGUCAACAUCCGCUGUGCCUGGACGCUAGGCUGUCCACGCGAGAUCAAACCGUACGAAGAAGAGGGCGAGCACCGAGCCGCAGUUCAUGCGGGCGGUUCCUACAAAAUGGCAUUUGAGCAGCUGUUUCCCGGAGUCAAAGUUCCGAGAUAUGUUGGCGUGAGUUGCUGUGCGCAGUUUGCGGCUACCAAGGAGAAGAUUCGCGAGAGGCCCGUGGAAGAUUAUAAGAGGUGGAGGAGAUGGGUGUUGGAGACCGACUUGGAAGAUAGUUUAAGUGGAAGGGUUUUGGAGUAUUCUUGGCACAUGAUGUUCGGUAAGCCACCGGUCCAUUGCCCACGUGCGGAGGAUUGCUAUUGCAAGACAUUUGGACUGUGCAAUUUGAAAUGCGACGAAGGGAGUUGUGAGGGAAGAUCUGAUUCACUCGCCCGCCGAGUUGAUCGCACAACCCAGAGGUUCCAACCAAUUCGGCAUACUGCACCAACAAUCAUCAUAUUGUUUGCUGCGCCACCGGCGAUCCAAUCUGAACCCGUCGCCAUAUGCUUCGAUAACCGCCAGGCUUGCAACGACCUGGCACUACCAUCCUAUCGGAAUCACAUCACUGUAAACUGGGAGCAUGCGCAUCCUGCUUAUUUUGCCCCUCAGCAACCAUUUUUGGUGUCCAAUCCUGAGUUAAAACUGCACGCGACGAUUUGA